UUAUCGCUCUCUCAGAGUAUUCCGACACUAACAAAAAUCCUCGGAUAUUGUCUCUUUUUCAACUUCCAAAACAUCUCCUUUCCUCAAAAUCUUUUCCUCUCUCUUGUCACUUUCCCUGCCGUAAAAAUUUCACCUUUAACAACCAUUUUCCACUUCCCAAGUCCUUAAACCGACAGAAAAUGCCUGCUGAUUCCGGCGACAGGCGUCCGGUUCGAGUUCAGGGGACCAUGGGGUCACACCCACCGGUCAAACUCACCGAUCCACUGCCGUGCCCCAGGUGUGAUUCGACCAGUACCAAGUUCUGCUACUACAACAACUACAACCUCUCCCAGCCUCGCUACUUCUGCAAGUCGUGCCGCCGUUACUGGACUCAGGGUGGCACCCUCCGUGAUGUCCCCAUCGGCGGUGGGACCCGCAAGACUUCCAAGCGCUCCCGGAGCUCUGUCGUGACUUCGUAUUCCUCGAGCGUGAGUCACGAAGUAGAUUCUGUCCAUGUGGCUGUUAAUAAACCUGUUCCGGCGGAUAUGCCUGGAACCGUAGAUAAGCCUGAAGUGGAUUUGGCGGAAGUGAAUUUGAAUGAAACCAUGGAUCUUAUUGUCAAUGGGAGCUUCACUUCGUUUUUGAACUCCCAGGGAGAAGGGUACCUAACACUAGGUGGAUACGGGCUUGGGGCUGGCUCAGAAUUCGAUGUGGUUUGGGGAUAUCCCGGAAACGGUUAUCUCGGUGGUUAUAGCGGCGGCGAUGGUGAAGAAACUUCAUGGCAAGCGACAAGCAAUGUGGAAGGAAGCGGAGCUUUAGUCGAUGGGGAUUUCUUUGCUUGGCCAGGACAUGCAAUUUCUGCACCAGGGAAAAUGUGUUCAUGUUUUUUGCCUAUUGGUUAAGCGUUUUCCAAUUUGCGGUUUACUGGUUAGUGGUGUUCCUUGUUUUUAUUGUGAAGUUUUAGUUGUCUUUGGUGGGUAUAGAGAGAGAGACAGAUGAUUAAUAGUACAAUAUAAUCAUCUCUUGGGCAGUG